AUGUCCGAGUGGAGCCCACAGAAUUUUCCAACUUCACUUGUUGAACUACACUUAAAUGGAAAAAAUUCAGGAGUGGUUUCGUUUGUAGUGGAAAAAGACGUGAAGAAUACAACAACUACUUCAUCAUCAUCGUCAUCAUUUUCUUUUCUUCUUCCAAAAUCUCUAGCUUCUUUAACACUCGAUGAUUUUAUGAAUGUGGAAUCACUUUCAGAGGUUUUACAACACCUCUCGUGCCUUAAACGUCUUCAUAUUAUGUCCUGCCCGAAGCUUAGAGAUCUGCCCGAGAUAAGUUCCACUUCUGACCACCCAUCAUCAUCUUUGACCAUAAAGGUAUGGUGGUGA